AUGGCUACUUCCACCGGAAUAAUUAAGCAGAUAGCUACUGGGCGUAGAAAGCCUGGCUUGACUCGUAAAGAAUUCUUUGAUCACCGCUUCCAGAUCCAUGGCUCCAUCAGUGAUGCAGUCGACGACAAGAACCAAAAACCACAUAAGUACAUUCAAACGCAGAUCUUCGAUUCUGCUUACGGCCCACGGGGCGAGGCCGGUCCUCUGUUGAAUGCAAAUCAAACCUGGUGCGGACGUGACGACACCACCGAGCUUUUCUUUCGCGAUUGGGACCAUGUCACAGCAUGCUUCAAUAGCGAUCAUGUCAAGAAAGUAAUUGCGCCCGACGGGUUUGAAUUUGCGGAUUUCGAGACAGCCAUUUCAUUAAUGGCAAGAGAAAAGGAACUACAAGUUUCGACUCGUCUGGCCUCCAAGCCAACAGCCCAGCCAGACUAUGCGACAGUAGCCAUGUACUUCGUUUCUACACCCGACAAUCAGCGGAAUGGCCAUGCAGUAGAAGCGCAAAUUACGCCUCUUUUGAUCACAGAGCUUGAGAAACAUUGCCAGGACGAGGUUUGGGGGAUCCGCGCUAAUGUCGCAGAAGUCUCGGAACAUUUCGAUCUCCACGCAUAUUUUGGUGGAGCCGAUUUGCCUCCGUACGCUGUGGUGUAUAAGAUUUACAUCAAGGAUGAAGCAUAUGUACCGUCGAUUAGGAAAGCACAAAAGGACUUUGAGGCUGCAGCCAAACAACAAGUCGACACAUGCAGGUCCUUCAUUGUAUUUUCAAAAGAAGCUUUGAUUUUGGACGUAGAAAAGGAUGUUAAAUUCUCUCUUGAUCGCCAGCCCGUGUUCGCGGAUCUACCUGGACCUAGCCAUCUGAAGCCAGCAGUCUAG